AUGGACGCCCUGCGGGAACUGAGCCAGGCUGCAUCCCCCGAAAAGCAGCACCAGGAGACCUCCGAGGUGUCUUCUAGAUGCUCUGGCACGCCUUCUACCUCCUCUGAAGAGGCUUCUAAGUCCCACACACAAAGCCCCGGGGGCGGUUCUCCAUCCUCGUCCUUGGCCGAGAAUUACAAAUUCACCCCUGACACGACCUCUUCCACCAUCGACAUGCCCCCUUCUUCCCCGCUCGAAGCUCCUCCCUUCAAAAUCAUCACAGAUUCACUGCCCUUGGCCCCAUCAAACUCACUCGGCGCCCCGUCUUGGCCGGCCAUGUCUCUCCACGACCACCGACGCGAUCAGAGCCUAAAUGAGUACUACACCCAGCUCGAGAUCCUGAUGAUGGAUGAGGAGGAGGUGGAUGAACAUACCAACAAUACCGAAAACGUUAUGGACUCGGUCGAGUCUUCAAACGCCCAGUCCACCAUCCACCACGACGAGACAACCCCUGAUCUUGGGCACAGACUUGGGGCCAGCGACGGCGCAGGCACUGCUGACGACCGUCAGCGUUACCGACACGGGCAGUUUGGUGGUUUUAGACCCUUUUCCCGUUUCGAUCAGGCAUCGCGCCCCAUCGCCUCGAACAACUGGCGGGCCAAGAGCGCUACCGAGUCUGGUACUCGGCCUCAGCCUCAGCUACCCUCUCUUAUGACGGGUAACAACGCGAACAACAUGGUCAAUUCACUCUCGCCCAUCACUUCGAGUAGCUAUUCACACCCCUACACGCCAAAUCGCAGCCCCAUGACGGCACCCCUCAACGCCAACAUGACAGGUUUUGCCCACCCAAACCCAAAUCCGAACCUGACCCCGAGCCCGCACCCCCCGCCCACGCCAGUUUCAUUGCCGACCCCGACCUUGAUGGCAUUUUCAGGGCGCAGCACUGGUCACGGUCAUGUCCACCACUUGUCUGGGGGCGGUUUUGGGACGCCGAACAUCCACCCACCCACAUCUGCGGGUGGAAUCACCAACAUGGCUCCCAUAUCCGUCCAGGCCGACUCGAUGGCCCUUCAGAUGAACAACCCGGGACUACACCACACAAGAACACUGAGCGGUAGUUACACCAGCAACAAUAACGGUGUCAUCCAGAUGAACGGCGGCGGCGGUUACGGCAACGGACAAGACCAAGGCACGGCUACCUUCCCAGUGACCGUCUCCGACAACACGCUCGGCUACUGCUUCAUCCGUCCCAACGGGACCCGCACCCGUCUGGUGCCCGUUGACAUGCUGCCGUACCAGCUUCAGGGUAUUCCGCCGCAGGAGACUGGGAAUGAGCGGCUAGUUUCGCUGCCUGUGCCAGCGGGAGUUGGGAGUGACGGGCGCUCGACCAACAAUCAGGUGUUGAGGGCGGUUACUUCUCCGAGCGGAAGCAGUGGUGGUGAUGCUAUUCAGUCCCACAUCGACCGCAUCCUCGCCACCCCCUCCGAACCCCAGCCCCUACCCCCAGCCUACCACCACCACCACCAGCACAACAACGACAACACCACCCACAGCACCAGCCAUCUGGGCCACACCUCCUCCAACCCAGCGCAAAGCAACCAAGCCCAAACGCAAACAUCUCUAACCCCCACCUCGCAGGACCCAAACAACCACCCGUCCCCCUCCCACAUCACCAUCAACACCUCCCCCACCACCCCCGUCCCCACCCCAAUCAGCAAUAAAAGAAUCAAAGUCUACUGCGACAAGUGGGUGCACGAGGGCGUGUGCGCCUUCACCCAGCAGGGGUGCAAGUACAAGCACGAGAUGCCGGCCGACAAGGCCACGCAGCACCAGCUGGGCCUGUUCCUCGGCUACCCGGUGUGGUGGAAGCGCAGGCAGGGGGAGCUGGCGCGCGUACAGCAGCAGCAGAAGCAGCAGCAGCAGCAGCAGCAGCAGGGUGGGUGUGAGCAGUCUCCUUCUUCGUCUUCUUCUUUUUCUUCUUCUUCUUCUUCUUCGGGUUCUUCUUCGGGGGCGGCCUCUGCUGAGGAGAGGGCGGUGAGGUUGUUUCUUGCUCCGCGGGGGAGGGCUGGUCUUGGGGGUCGGUUGGGUGGUAGAAAUGGGGCUGGUUGUGUUUCAGUUGAUGAGGAGGCUGGUGAAGGGGAGACGGAGGUGGCGAGCCCGACCGGGGCGCUCUCUGAGCAGGUCCCUCGUCGAGGUGCUGUCGUCAGCGGGGGUCUGGCUGCCUCGCGCUGGGGCGGCAAUGUCGGCAACCUCGACGGUAACAACGGCGACGGAAUUGAACACGGGUCUCCCAGGGAGAGACUCUUGCCGCCGUCCUGGCGGACUCCGUCUUCCGUCGAAGCCGCUCGGCGAGACCUUCAUCCAAGGCUGCAGAGCUACGACGGCGCAGACCCCAACCCCGUUAGCAGCCACGAGCUAGCACUACACCGUCGCACCACGCCCGAACCCGAGCGCGGCAUCAGACGGUUCAUCGGCGCCACCAACAAUACCACCAACACCCACGUGUCCACGCCUACCGCCUUCGCAACCCCCGACACCCGCCCCCGGCUCUGGGAGGAGCACCACUACGUCCGCCGCACCCUCCAACCGCAGCCACAGUCACCGUCACGGCCCCAAGGCCAACUCAGCAGCGGAGGUCCUGCCACCUGCCACUUUGCCCUCCACCACAAAACAGCAGCAACAUCAACAUUAUUCAUUAUCAACAACAACACCGACAUUCCCCUACGGGCCCCAUUGCGCCGCCCCCACGCAACCCUCGAUCAAACACCGCCACCGCCACCACCACCACCAACACCAGCGCCAUCCGCCCCGCACGGGAAGUGCCCAACCCCUACGCCACCACACUGCUGCAGCCCAAGCCGCCCAGCGCAGCCCAAGCCGAAACCGGAACCGGAGCCGAACCUGCACCAGAAUCUGCCGGCGCCGCUGCCAGGGCCAGGGCCAGGGCCAGUGCUGGUGCUAGUGCCGGUGGCGGUGCCGGUGAAGACGGGGAUAGGGAUAGCGGUAGGGAUAGGGAUAGCAAUCUGCUGCUGCUGGGGCAGUUGGGGCCGUUGGCUGGCUAGCCUCUACCAUCCCACGAGACGAGGAGAGGGGAGAGUUGACUGGCUCUGGCUGCCUGAGUUGGGCUGA